ACUGUUUUUGUAUUUUCUUUAUUUUUCUAGAAGUGUUCUUUCAGUGAAAUUAAUUAAUUUAUUCGUUAUUUGUUACUUACAUUCAUUCAGCGUUUAGUUUAAUUUGUGGUCUUAUGUUUGUGUACGGGGUAUUGGGUAGGAAUUGUAAACAUUUGUAAAAUAUUGUUUCCUUUUUUCUUAUCAAAGUGAGGUAAUUUUUUGCGAAUAAAAUAAACAAAAUUGUUAAUUUAAUUUAUUAAGCAGAAAGUGCCGAGAAUAAAAUAUAAGGAACCAACAACUAAAGUAAAUAUAAAAUCAACCACAACAACAACAGCACCAUGCCAGUCUUCCAUACAAAAACCAUAGAAAGUAUUUUAGAUCCUGUUGCUCAACAGGUAUCUCGAUUAGUUAUUCUCCAUGAAGAAGCCGAAGAUGGCAACGCUAUGCCAGAUCUCAGCCGUCCAGUUCAAGUGGUAUCAAUGGCUGUUACCAACCUAAUUAAAGUUGGUCGUGAAACUAUCAAUAGUUCCGAUGAUAAUAUACUUAAACAGGAUAUGCCCUCUGCAUUAACACGUGUCGAGAAUGCCUCUCAACUUCUCGAAGAGGCAUCAGACAUGUUAAAAGGUGAUCCAUAUUCCGGUCCAGCGCGCAAGAAACUUAUUGAAGGAAGUCGUGGCAUUUUACAAGGCACUUCUGCGCUGCUUCUGUGCUUUGACGAAUCUGAAGUGCGAAAAAUUAUACAAGAAUGCAAGCGAGUAUUGGAUUAUUUGGCAAUUGCAGAAGUGAUAGGUUCAAUGGAGGAUCUAGUGCAAUUUUUGAAGGAUUUGAGUCCGUGCCUUAGUAAAGUCUCGAGAGAAGUUAGUUCGCGUGAGAAAGAGCUUACGCACCAGGUGCACAGUGAAAUUUUAGUGCGUUGUUUAGAACAAGUUAAAAUUCUAGCCCCAAUCUUAAUUUGUAGCAUGAAAGUUUACAUUCAUAUUGUUGAACAAAAUGGUGUUGGAGUUGAUGAAGCAGCAGAAAAUAGGAAUUACUUAGCGUCACGUAUGACUGAUGAAAUUCAGGAAAUAGUUCGUGUGUUACAAUUAACAACUUACGACGAAGACACAAGUGAGCUGGAUAAUCUAACAGUUUUAAAGAAAAUAAGCAACGCCAUCCUCAAUAAAGUGGGUCUUGCCAAUGACUGGUUGGCCAAUCCAUAUGCUUUGAAGGGUGGUGUUGGUGAGAAAGCUCUACGACAGAUAAUAGAAAACGCACAUGAGGUGGCUGACAGAUGUCUUCCGCAGGACUCGAUGCCAAUCCGCAAAAUGGCGGAUGAUAUUACAACAAUGGGCAAUGCCUUGUGUGAAUUGCGCCAAGAUGGCAAGGGUACUAGCCCUCAGGCAGAGAGUUUGGCCAAAAAUAUACGUGAAAAACUUGGAAGUCUGCAACAAGCUCUUAUUAAUGCAAUAGUCGGAGUAAACAAAGCCGGUGUUCAGCAAACAGCCCAUACUAUUCAAGGGCGAUUGGAGCAAGCACGCAAAUGGCUGCAGAAUCCAGAAAUUAACGACAAUGGCUUAGGCGAACGGGCUACAGGAUUGAUAGUAGAAGAAGGAAGGAAAGUAGCAGAAGGUUGUCCUGGUUACCAGAAGGCUGAGAUACUCCAACUUUGUGAUGAGGUAGAAUAUUUAAAAAUGAAUGCAGCUGGUACCACACCAAAAGCCAAGGAGUUCGCUAAGAAGCUUAACCACAAGUUACACGAGCUUAAAGAGGCGAUCCAAAAUGCCCUGGUGAAUAGAAUCGUUCAAGACUUUAUGGAUGUGUCAACACCAUUAAAACAAUUUAGUGAAGCAGUCAAUGUGCCCCAGGGAACACCGAACCGAGAGCAAAAUUUCAACCAGAAAUCAAACAAUUUACAAGCUUUUAGUGAUCGUGCUUCGAAAACUAGUCGAAUGGUUGCCGCAGGAGGAUCUGGCGGCAACAAGAAGAUUGCUGAAAUUUUGUUAUCUUCUGCAUCUCAAGUUGAUAGCUUAACACCUCAACUGGUAUCUGCUGGACGCAUCCGAAUGAACUACCCGGGAAGCACAGCUGCUGAAGAGCAUUUAAACAAUUUAAAACAACAAUAUGCCGAUACCAUUCUCCGAAUGAGAACUGUAUGCGAUCAGGCCACCAAUCCGGCUGAUUUUAUCAAAACUUCUGAAGACCACAUGCAAGUUUAUGUAAAGCUCUGUGAAGAUGCCAUUCACAAUAAACAGCCCCAGAAAAUGGUCGACAAUACAUCAAACAUCGCACGCUUGGUAAACCGUGUACUACUGGUAGCCAAACAAGAAGCAGACAAUUCGGAAGAUCCGGUAUUCACAGUUAAACUUAAUGAAGCUGCUAAUCGCUUGGAAAAUUCUUUGCCAGCUAUGGUGGUUGAUGCAAAAAUGGUCGCAACCAACAUCAAUGAUCCAAAUCGUGCUAGUACUUGGAGGGACUCUUAUAAAAGGCUUAUUGCUGACGUGUGUGAUGUUCGGUCAGCGAUUGCAGCGUCCCAUGGUGACUUGCCUCCACCAGUGCCUGAACUCAGUGCCUUGCAUUUGUCUUCCAAUGAAAAUAAACCGGAACGUGCUCCCCCACGUCCUCCACUACCACGUGAAGGUAUGGCUCCAAUUCGGCCACCACCACCAGAAACAGAUGACGAAGAUGAAGUCUUUCGCACAACGCCUCACGCAAAUCAGCCAAUUUUUAUUGCCGCUCGUGGUCUACAUCAAGAAGUCCGUCAAUGGUCUUCUAAGGAUAACGAAAUUAUUUCAGCUGCCAAGCGAAUGGCCGUCCUUAUGGCAAGACUCUCCGAAUUAGUUCUUGCUGAUUCAAAGGGUAGCAAACGUGAACUCAUUGCUACAGCAAAACAAAUUGCUGAAGCAUCUGAGGAUGUGACGCGUCUGGCCAAAGAUCUGGCUCGUCAAUGUACUGACCGUCGAAUUCGUACCAAUUUGUUACAAGUUUGUGAACGUAUUCCGACCAUUGGAACACAACUUAAGAUUCUAUCAACUGUAAAGGCAACAAUGUUGGGUGCUCAAGGCUCGGACGAAGAUCGCGAAGCAACCGAAAUGUUGGUUGGAAAUGCACAGAAUCUAAUGCAGAGUGUUAAGGAAACGGUCAGGGCAGCUGAAGGUGCUAGCAUUAAAAUUCGCUCCGAUCAGACUAGUAACAGACUUCAAUGGGUCCGACGACAGCCUUGGUAUCAAUAUUAAGGAAUACGUGAAGUGCAAUGGAAUAGAAACAAAUAUUUUGUUUAAACAAAAUUUGCCAAAAUCAUCUGUUAAAAUCAUUUAAAAAAUGCUUUCAUCAUCUUUUUUGUAUAAUUAAGUUAUUGAAAAAUUUUAGGCUGACAGUGCAUAUAACAAAGAUUUUUUUAAGUUUGUGUCUAAUAAAAACAUUUUUAUAGAGUUAAAUGUUAUAAAUUACGAAUGAAAUAUAUAUAAGUCUAACUAUUGUUGUCGAAUAGAAAAAUUGAAUAAAACAAAGUGCAUCUUACAUAAAAUAAACGAAAAUAAUGUGAAUUUUUAUAACUACAUAAAUGUCUUUGAAAAUAAAAAAGCUUUGAAAAUAUAUCUUUCUAACUAAAAUUAAA